UCAGCCUUUCUAUAUAAAACGCAAUAAAAGAAGUAACAAAUACCAUAAGUGGUAUAGUCUAUAGGCCGAUUCAUUUCACUAUCUCUCCUUUUAUAUUCCUCUACUCUUUAUCGGUUUGAUUCUUCGACUCACACAAAGAGUUGUGAGAUCUCUACUUCUCAAUUAUGAUGUCAAGAAGAAACUAAAUAGGAACAACCAAAGUUUAAGCAAACAUUGUCUUGUCUUCUGUUCAAAAACAGGAGAAAAAAUGUCUUGUAAUAAUGGAAUGUCUUUCUUCCCUUCAAAUUUCAUGAUCCAAGCUUCUUACGAAGACGAUCAUCCUCAUCAAUCUCCAUCUCUUGCACCUCUCCUUCCCUCUUGCUCCAUACCUCAAGAUCUCAAUGGGUUUGCUUCGUUUCUAGGUAAGAGAUCUCCAAUAGAAGUGGGGAACAAUAUGAACGGAGAAGAGGAGUAUUCAGAUGAUGGGUCUCACAUGGGAGAGAAGAAGAGGAGAUUGAACAUGGAGCAAGUGAAGACGUUGGAGAAGACUUUCGAGCUUGGAAACAAACUUGAACCAGAGAGGAAAAUGCAGUUGGCUCGUGCCUUGGGUUUACAGCCAAGACAGAUCGCGAUUUGGUUUCAGAACAGAAGAGCUCGCUGGAAAACAAAGCAGCUCGAGAAAGAUUACGAUACUCUUAAACAACAAUUCGAUGCCCUAAAAGCUGAUAAUGAUCUUCUUCGAACUCAUAAUCAGAAACUCCAAGCUGAGAUAAUGGGACUAAAAAACAAAGAACAAAUAGAAUCAAUAAAUUUGAACAAAGAGACGGAAGGAUCUUGCAGUAACAGAAGCGAUAAUAGUUCCGACAAUCUCAGACUUGAUAUCUCGACUGCCCCGCCAUCAGUAGACAGCACAACAACCGGCGUCCACCCACCAGCACAGCAGACAGUCGGCCGACACUUCUUCCCACCGUCACCAGCAGCCGCUACGACCACCACGGCGACGAUGCAGUUCUUCCAAAACUCGUCGUCAGGACAAAGUAUGGUUAAAGAAGAAAACAGUAUCAGUAACAUGUUGUGUGGAAUGGAUGACCACUCUGGUUUUUGGCCAUGGCUUGAUCAGCAACAGUACAACUGAAACUGGAAGACCUGUUUUUAAAAAGAAAAAAAUGAUAUAUAUAUUUUUGAUUUUGUAUUGAAUUUUGUUAAAAAGAACCCAUGUACUGUUGCCAAAAAUAAUAUAUUAUUUUUUACCAAAGAAAAAAGAACCCAUGAAUGUUUCAAAAAAUUGGAAUCUA